ACUGACAUCAUGCUCCAGUUCCUGCUUGGAUUUACAUUGGGCAACGUGGUUGGAAUAUAUCUGGCUCAGAACUAUGACAUACCAAACCUGGCUAAAAAACUUGAAGAAAUUAAAAAGGACUUGGAUGCCAAGAAGAAACAUGAGACUGCCUCCAGCACUGCCUUCGGGAUAUGCUGAUUCUACUGCUCUUGAGGGCCUCCUUUACCAUGAACUAAAAGCUUUUGUUUUUAUCUCCAGCCUCAGCGCUCCUCUUCUUUGCUAAACUCUGUUUUUUGCUACAGCACAAGCAAAAUGGGACCCCAAUUUGAGAACUACCCUACAUUUCCAACAUACUCACCUCUUCCCAUACUCCCUUUCUAACUGCAUGGGAGGUUCUAAGACUGGAAUUAUGGUGUUAGAUUAGUAAACAUGACUUUUAAUGA